AUGAGGUUAAGGACAAAGAAAAAGCCGAAAAAGAAUAAAAAUUUAAAAUAUACCCCAUCAAACUAUAAGCUACUAAAAACAAGCUGGAAUGUGCAAACUAAAGAGUUCUUCGAACAUUCCACUCUUCAUGGUGUACGAUAUAUUGCUGAGGAUGGAAGACCGUUUUUUGAAAAGAUUUUAUGGUUUGUAUGUGUGACAGUAGGGGCUGUGGCAACAGUUGUUAUUAUAAUUAGUCUUUGGGAGAAAUUCCAGACAAAUCCGACUAUAACCGGUUUGGAUACGGAUUUCCACAACUGGAAAGUGCCUUUUCCAGGUUUAACUGUUUGUCAGGAAACACCAAGUUCUAAGGAAAAUAUUGAAGCAUAUUUAAAUGAGAGAAUGAUGGAAGAUCCUGACAUAGACAACAGCACAGAUACAAUAGACUACCUACAAGCUUUAACAAAUCUAUCAUUGGACAACAUAGACAAGUUUGUUAAAAUACCCAUAAAAAUAGAUUUCAUAAAAAAAGAGAAAAACUUAAGAAGUCUCGUUUUCAAUUUAAUGAAUAAAUGCGAGGACGUGUUUGAUACGUGCACUUGGAAAUCAUAUAAUUAUAGUUGCUGUGAAGGAUUCUUUCCGGUUUUCACAGAAAACGGAUUCUGCUACACAUUCAAUUCGAGGCAAUACGAAAGAAGAAUUCCCUGGAGCGAAAAACUGCUCCCAGAGUUCGAACAGAAGUACAUUAAAGAAACCGACCUGAAAUGGUCAUUGCAGUUUAAGGUUAAAAACAGCGAUAUUGUUAUGCCUAUAUACAUUCUAAACUCGGACGAAAUGGCUGGCAUAGAUGUCCAACCACAGCACAUUUGGGACUUUAAGGUGAACACAAUAUCUUUUUCGGUAAAACAAACCUAUACAACUGAAGACACUAAACAGCUCAGUGUUAAGCAACGGCAUUGCGCGUUUGAUAAGGAAAUUCCUCUGCAAUUUGGGGAAGGUUACACAUACACAACUUGCACUGUGCAAUGCAGAAUAAAUAUUGCUUUUAAGCUGUGUAAUUGUAUACCCCAUUUUUAUCCUUUGGUGAAGGAUUACACUCAUUGCCAGAUAGAAGGACUUAAGUGCAUAGCCAUGAAUUUAAAGAAUAUUAAGAAAAUGGAUAAAUGUGGAUGUGUUUUGGGGUGUUUAAAUACAGUGUAUGAAGUGGAGAAGUUAAAUGAACACGGUGAAGCCGUUGAUGAUACGGCGGCUUUGGAAGCUGAGUUUGUAUCUUGGCCAAUGCUUAGGUAUAAACGAGAAGUGCUUUUUGGAUGGGUUGAUCUUUUAGGCGUGGAAAUAAUCUACUAUUUUACCAUGAGAGCUUGUUGUAUGGUCGUUAGAGAAAAAGAUACCUUGGAAAAAAUAAAUUUGGAGGAAGCAUCCAAGCCACCUACUGACUACGAUUUGAGCCUUGUACCAUACUUUUUAUCAGACCCGUUGCCUGGAAACGGUAUCAACGAAAUCAUUAAGACUUAUCAUAAUGAUGCAGAUGGUGUAAGUAUUAUGUCAAAUCUAGUUCUUUCUGGGUAUUAUGUCAAAUUUAGUUCUUUCUGGACUUGGUUUAGUAUGGUCUAG